AUGACCGUCGCGCCAGAGUCAGGCAAGCCUGACGCUGGCUUGCGCAGCCUCGAUCACUACAAGGACCGUUUGCCGGUUUGGCGAUAUCGCAUGCGCCAGGCGCUGAUUCCUCUAACGCGAUGGGAGACACCAUAUCUCGGAGCGAUACAGUCCAAAGUCCGUACACCGACGCUGGAUUCCUAUUUUGCAUUUACUGCGAAUCUGGGCACACACACUUUUUUCAUGAUUUUUCUGCCCAUUCUGUUCUGGUUUGGCUGGACGACGAUUGGACGAGCUAUGGUCCAUAUGCUUGCCUCAGGAGUCUUUCUUAGCGGGUUUCUCAAAGAUCUAAUGUGCCUUCCACGCCCGUUGUCUCCUCCGUUGCAGCGCAUCACCAUGUCUGGCUCGGCGGCUCUCGAAUACGGCUUCCCCUCAACCCAUUCGACAAAUGCCGUUUCUGUCGCUUCGUAUAUUCUUUUCCUAGUCAGCUCAAGCGAGGACCAAAUUGAUCCGCGAAUGAAAAUCUUGGUGCAAGUUUCGGUCUAUCUUUAUGCGGGGUCGAUCAUAUUGGGCAGACUUUAUUGCGGCAUGCAUGGCUUUUUCGACGUUGUCACGGGGACAAUGCUGGGAUUCUUGAUCGCCGCCGUCCAGUGGGUUUGGGGCGAGACCUUUGACAACUACAUCCAUGCUUCAACAUGGAUUGUCCCCUUUCUCAUCACUGCUGGUCUCAUUAUUUUGGUUCGGGUUCACCCGGAACCCGCAGACGAUUGUCCGUGCUUCGACGACAGCGUUGCUUUUGCCGGAGUUUUCAUUGGCGCAGAAUGGGCUGUGUGGCAUUUUGGUCAGACGGCGCUGGCCUGGAACGAGCCCGUUCCAUCCACUACACCGUACCAAUUUCAAGCCAUGGGAGUGACGAGAUCUAUCCUGCGUCUGCUCUUCGGGACUUUGGUCAUUUUCGCCUGGCGCGAAGUCAUGAAGCCAACCCUAUUGAAGGGCCUGCCGCCGCUCUUCCGUGUCAUCGAGCGCUUGGGUCUUUCGCUGCCUAGAAGAUACUUUUUACCCGCCACUGAGUAUAAGCGUGUGCCGUCUCACUUGCGAGUGGACAGUAUCUUCCCGUCCGUCCGCGACUUGCCAGGCAUGCUUUCCAACAUCCGCCACCCCAGGAAGCGCGCCGUUUCUGUUGGACCGCAAUCCGCCGCUGAUGCAUACGAGGCAUUAGCUCGUCGCGAGCAACGUCGACGCGAGAGCUUGCAAAAGGAUGGCGCCCUUAUCGCUGGCCAAUCCAGUGACAAUUCGCCCCAGCAAUCAGUUCCCAAUGGGCCGGUGAAUCGCAAGACUGGAGCUGGCCCCUUCAGGAACGGCCUUUCCUCUGACUCGCUGCCCUCUUCCGAAGCAGCGAGUGUGAAUGCUUCCGUCUCCGCGAUAGACGGAGCCCCCGUGCCUUCGGAGCCGUUUCCUCAAUUUGCAAUGGAGGUGUCCACUCCUCCGGUGAACUUGGAAAAUGACCAGCAGGGUGAACAAGAUGAGAAAGACAUGUUCUUGAUGCUCGAAAAGCCUCGAGUCAGAUAUGACGUGGAAGUGGUAACCAAACUCAUCGUCUAUUUCGGCAUCGCUUGGUGGGUAAUUGAGGGGAUGCCCUUCCUUUUUGAACUCGUUGGCCUCGGCAUGCCGAAGCAGACAAUUUGA